UGUACGUCGCUAGCCUAUUGCUCAGACACGACAAAUCAAUCCACAGUCUGGAGUCUCUCAGCAAUCGCCCAUCGAACAAACCAAGCCUCCCCCAACCCUGCCAUGGCUAGCCUCUUGAAGACUUGCGGCUCCCUCAUCGCCUCCAAGACGACUAAUUCCCAAGUAUCCGCCUGGCUGCGCCUUACUCGUACGCUGGAUCCACGGCGCAAUCCUGCUGUACAUGUAUACAUGUCACUCACUUCACCCACAUAUGUAUGCCUAUAUAUUCAUAUACAUUGAUCUGCAUAGUGCCUGCACGCGAGAAGGGGGCCCGCCUGCCUAUUUCUCUCCAUAUUCCUUCGCCUUGCUUUUCUUGAUUUGACCACUUUUCGUCCAUUUCUCUUCCUCUUUUCGUAUCCCAUGUGCUGCUCUCUUUCUCAAUGCGGGGUGUCCACAUGGCGCUCUUUUUCCCCUUCCCACCUCUCGCCUAAACUUCCGAACCGCCUCUACAGCCAACCACUCCCUUGGCUCCCACUUUUUUUUAUUGAGCAGUAAUCACUCUCCAAUAUCAGCUCCAUCAACACACACUAUCCACAAUAUCACCACUAAUCUCCUUCUCUCUGCCUUUCACCCAUUCAUCCAUCUACCUCGUCUGCUAUGCGUCACCCCUCUCCACCGCCUUUCAUUCAAAUGUUCGCGACUCACGCGCCCAAUGCCCAUCACCUACUUCACACUUACAUAUGUAGCCAACACGUCCAUCGCCUAUCCCUGCCUGCUGCUUGGCUGUAGUCUGAAUCCCAUAUGCGCGCCUAACUCCUCACCCCUCCAACUAACAUUCUCUUUGCUCACCUUGUGACCGACCAAGAAAAUCUUCGCCUUCGCAUGCAACAAGUCUUUUUGAUUGCUGACAAGUGCCACGCCGCCGCACUCUUGCCCUAGCUGAUGGCUGCCUUCGUAUACCACCCGUACCCACAGCCGUAAAAAAACUCGUAAUUCCUUGCAUACACGGAUGGGCGGGUGGUAAGUGGUGGUGGUCAGCCACGCAACAAUCGUCAUUGUCCAACAUCUGUCACUUACGCGAUCGGUCUCGUUGGGUGCCUC